GUGACAUCAGACAAGUUAUUAUUUAUGUAUUAAAAGUUUCUAGAUUCAUAAAGUUAAUUAUUGGAAUAAUGAAAUAUAGUUUCCCCUUGCAUGAAGGAACCGGAGCAAUACUUUAUUUUUUCGGAGCAAUACAUUUUACUAUAACUAAUCAUUUUCAUCAGCAAACAAUCCAUACAAAUUCAUAUCGAUAUGUUGGAUUUAUCUAUAUAUCCACAAGAGUGAUCAACGUAUUUAUGAAAGCUUAAAAUCCGGACAAGAGGAUGCUUUUUUGCGGAAAGUUUUUCUUUGUUCUUUUGUAUAUGGUACAACGAAUGGGACUGAAAACAUCCAUUAAAUAAUUCCUAUAUGUUUAUACUAUACCCCAACAUCUCAUUAAUAUCCCCCCGUCAUAUAUGUACUUGGUCACUCUUAUCUAUUCCUUACAACCUAUGUAUGUUCAUUAUGCUAUCGUUGUUCUCAUUAACAUUUGACAGUUACACAUGAUCUUGAUCAUCCCGAAAGCGGACAAUAAUAGUUUAGAAUUCGACCGUCAAAUUUCCAUUGCAACUCCGAAUGUCAUUACUCAUUGUUAGACGGUUUAAACCCAUAUAUAUAGAAGAAUCACUCGCAUUUUCAUUUUUCAGUUCUCCAUAUCACAACAGUAAACGAUUUCUUAAAACUCGUUUCAAACAUCAACAAUGGAAAAUGAGAAAGGUGCGAGUUCAAGUACAUUCAAAAUGGGCAAUUCUGCACAAGAGAGGAGUUUGCCGUAUGUGCCUGAUUGUUACGCUGUCCCGCCUUCAUACGAGCCACGUGAUGCGCUCGACUCAAAAUCUGAAAGCGUACCCACGAUCGAUAUUUCUCGCUUGAAAGGCAGCGAUGAUGAGCGUCGAGGGGUUAUUCAAGAAAUAAGAUUGGCAUGUCAAUCUUUCGGGUUUUUUCAAAUAGUGAACCACGGAAUUGACCAGAGCAUACUGGACGAUGCAUUGGCGGUUGCGAAAGGUUUCUUCGAGCUGCCGGCGAAAGAGAAAAAUAAAUUUAUGUCGAACGAUGUGUAUGCACCAGUUAGGUACACUACGAGUCUAAAGGACGGUUUGGACAAGACCCAAUUUUGGAGGAUAUUUCUAAAGCACUAUGCACAUCCUCUCCAUCGUUGGAUUCACCUCUGGCCUCAAAACCCACCUGAGUACAGGGAAAGAAUAGGAAAGUUUUGCGAGGAGGUGAGGAUUCUAUCUCUCGAGAUAAUGGGAGCAAUAACGGAGAGCCUAGGACUAGGAAGAGACUACCUGUCGUCUCGGAUGGACGAAAACGGCAUGCAAGUCAUGGCCGUUAACUGUUAUCCACCGUGUCCGGACCCUAAGACGGCGCUAGGACUGCCGCCACAUUCAGACUACAGUUGCAUCACCAUCCUUCUACAGAACUUGACCGGUCUCGAGAUCUUUGAUCUGACGGCUCACGAUGGCUCGGGCCGCUGGGUUCAUGUCCCAGAAGUCAAAGGUGUACUCAAGGUCCAUAUUGGUGACCAUGUCGAGGUGCUAAGCAAUGGAUUAUACAAGAGCGUCAUUCAUAAAGUUACUCUGAACGAAGAGAAGACGAGAAUCUCCCUCGCGAGCUUGCAUAGCUUGGGUAUGGACGAUAAGAUGAGCGUACCGUGCCAGUUGGUUAACGAUGAAAACCCGGUUCGGUAUAGAGAGAGCAGUUUUAAUGAUUUUCUUGGUUUUCUUGUCAAGAAUGACAUCUCUCAAGGGGAUAGGUUCAUUGACACUCUUAGAAUCAAGGACUGAUCGAGUUCUAACACGUACGUGGUCAAUGGUUAAUGGUGUAAGAGUAAUAUUUCAUCAGCUUUAGUGUAUGACCACCUAUAAUUAUAAAGAAUUUUCUCCAUAAAAUAGUACCAUUUUGAAACUAGCGACACAAAACUAGGAAAAAAACCUAUUUCAACAUGAACUUUACCCGUCCACUCAAAUAAUAACUUCUUUCUUCGCUACCUUUAGUAUUCGGAUAAACACUCGGAGUACAUAGGUGAGAAAGGAGCGCUUUUCUAAGCUCAGCAAGACCGAAUGGAAUUCAAGUAUAUGGUGUGCAUAUUCCUUCCCGAACUUUGUAAUAAUGCGUAUUACAUACUGAACUAAAUAAAAAUUUAAAU